UGAGAGAGUAAAUGACGUAGGUUCCGUUAUUUAAGAACCCCUUAAGAGGUUCCCACACACCACAAGAGAGAGAGAACGAGAGAGAGAAAAUGGGGAGAGAUGAAGAAGAUGACAAGAACGGAGGAGGAGAGAGAAGGCUGGGAGAUGAAACGGCGUCGUCAUUAUUGGACGGAACGGGGUUGGUUUGUGUAACGGGAGGGACUGGAUUCGUUGCUUCUUGGCUCAUCAUGCGUCUCUUACAACGUGGCUACUCCGUUCGAGCCACUGUUCGGGCCAACGCAGAAGGGAAUAAGAAAGAUAUAUGCUACCUUACCGAACUCCCAUUUGCAUCGGAGAGGCUAAAAAUAUUCACCGCCGAUCUCAACGAACCGGAAAGCUUUAAACCGGCGAUCGAAGGAUGCAAAGCCGUAUUCCACGUGGCACAUCCUAUGGACCCGAGCAGUAACGAAUCCGAAGAGACCGUAACGAAACGCACCGUACAAGGUCUCAUGGGGAUACUAAACUCGUGUUUGGACGCUAAAACCGUCAAACGCUUUUUCUACACGUCAAGCGCCGUAACCGUUUUCUACGGCGACGGAAGCGGGGGCGGAGGAAACGGAGGAGAAGUAGACGAGAGCGUUUGGAGCGACGUGGAAGUUUUUAGGAAUCAGAAGGAGAAGAGAGUGAGUAGCUCUUACGUUGUGUCAAAAAUGGCGGCGGAGACAGCGGCGCUUGAGUUCGGCGAGAAGAGUGGAUUGGAGGUUGUGACGCUCGUGAUCCCUCUCGUCGUCGGACCUUUUAUAUCUCCGUCGUUGCCUUCCUCCGUCUUCAUCUCUCUCGCCAUGAUCUUUGGAAAUUACAAGGAGAAGUAUUUGUUCGACACUUACAAUAUGGUGCAUAUUGAUGACGUAGCAAGAGCGAUGAUAUAUCUACUAGAAAGGCCAAUAGCGAAAGGGAGAUAUAUAUGUUCGUCGGUGGAGAUGAAGAUCGAUGAGGUCUUUGAGUUUUUGUCGUCUAGAUUUCCUCAGUUCCAGCUACCUUCAAUUGAUUUGAAAAACUAUAAAGUAGAGAAGAGGAUGAGUCUGUCGUCGAAGAAGCUGAUGAGUGCAGGGUUCGAGUUUAAGUAUGGAGCCGAGGAGAUAUUCGCUGGAGCUAUAAAGAGCUGCCAGGCAAGAGGCUUUCUUUAAAUUCUUUUGAGGUUUUUUUUUUUUGGUUAAAAAUUGUAUAUGAAUUGAAAAUAUCAUUUCUUUUAUUGGCCAUUUCCGUUUUGUAACACGUUCUUGCUUACUUGUUGACGAAAGAACAAAAAUUGUUUCAACAUCAUAUCCAUUUUCUUUUUAAUAACAAAUUAAUCGAAGAAGGAUGAAAAAAACGAAACUAAAUAAACGGCUUAUUGACGAAA